CAUGGUGUCGGUGGCCAUCGCGCUGGCGUUUGUGCCGCUGGUGCUGGCGCUGGCGCUGCGCUCCCGGCACUACGCGGUGCUGCUGGCGCGGGUGGCGCUGGGCUGGCUGCGGGACCGGCUCAGCUCCGCGCCGCGCGAGCACCGCGCCCUCCAGUACCUGCUGACGCACGCGGUGCCCGGCGACCCCCGCCACGUGCUGCUCACCCUCGACCAGUGGAGCCGCCGCUGCGAGCACCUCAGCUGCGUGGGGCCCGACAAAGGGCGCGUGGUGGAGCGGGUGCUGAGCGCGCGGAGCCCGCGGCGGGUGCUGGAGCUGGGCACAUCCUGCGGGUACGGGGCCGUGCUGCUGGCGCGGGUGCUGCCCCCCGGAGCGCGGCUGCUGACGGUGGAGAGGGACCCACAGCGAGCGGCCAUGGCGGAGAAGGUCAUCCGGCUGGCGGGGUUCGAUGAGAGCACCGUGGAGCUGAUCGUGGGCCCCUCGGAGGAGGUGAUCCCGCAGCUGCGGGCCCGGCACGGCCUGGACGCCGCCGACUUCAUCCUCAUGGAGCACGGGAAGCGCUGCUACGAGCGGGACCUGCGGCUGCUGGAGCGGCACCGGCUGCUGGCGGCGGGCGCCACGGUCCUGGCCGAUCACGUCCUGUUCCCGGGAGCGCCGCGCUUCCUGCGCUACGCCAGGGGCUGCGGGCGGUUCCGCUGCCGCCUGCACCGAGCCAGCCUCGAGUACUUCCACGGCAUCCCCGACGGCAUCGCCGAGCUGCGCUACACCGGCAGGCCCGCAGGUGGGCACCGGCCGGGAACGGGGAGCGAACGUGGGGGGAAUGGGGUAAGAACAGGGGGGAACGGGGUGGGAACAUGGGGGGAAUGGGGUGGGAACAUGGGGGGAAUGGGGUAA